CACCCCCCCAUUUCCGCUUCCGCCAGGCCGAGGCGCCGGGCUCACGCGAGUGAUUGCGUCCCCGUCGCGCUCGGCACGAUGUCUGGGGGUCUCCUGAAGGCGCUGCGCAGCGACUCCUACGUGGAGCUGAGCCAGUACCGGGACCAGCACUUCCGGGGUGACAAUGAAGAGCAGGAAAAAUUACUGAAGAAGAGCUGCACGCUGUAUGUUGGAAACCUUUCAUUUUACACAACUGAAGAACAAAUCUAUGAACUCUUCAGCAAAAGUGGUGACAUAAAGAAAAUCAUUAUGGGCCUGGAUAAAAUGAAGAAAACUGCAUGUGGGUUCUGCUUUGUGGAAUACUACUCCAGAGCAGAUGCAGAAAAUGCCAUGCGGUACAUAAACGGGACCCGGCUAGAUGACCGCAUCAUUCGCACAGACUGGGACGCGGGCUUCAAGGAGGGCAGGCAGUAUGGCCGAGGGCGGUCUGGAGGCCAGGUACGAGAUGAGUACCGGCAGGACUAUGAUGCCGGCAGAGGUGGCUAUGGGAAACUGGCCCAGAACCAGUGAGCGGUGAGGAUCUCAUCGUGAUAUCUCUCCUUUGGCCUGUUUGAGUUUGUUAAUGUGCAUUACCCAAAGCCUGCAAACCUGCCCUUUUUACCAGCAUUUCAUCAGUGUGUCUGCUGAACUGAAGCCUCUUCAUGGUCCUCUUCAGAAAAUUUCAAAUCUUAGAAUAUGUGCCAUGUGAGGUUAUCAGAAGAAUUUUCUUUAUACCAGGUCGGAAAUUGUGAUUGGCAACAGAUUUAUUCUGUAAUGUUGAUUACUCUAUGAGCCCAGACACCGUAUUUCUUUUAGGAAGAUGAGGAAAAUUUAAAAAUUUUUACCGUGUUUCAGUCCCUGUAAGUUUUUGGUCUAUAUUUGGGUCUGGAGUGGUUUUUUGUUUGCCUGAGAUGUAUCUGUGUUCAGCAGAUAGGAGCUUUGCUGGGUCACACAGCUGUGCUCCAAACUAGAAACAGAUGUUGAAUGGAUUAACUGGUUUUCAGUGUUGGGAUUCUGGCUCUGUAAGCAGAAUUUAGGAGCCAAGGGAACUUCUUAAGCUACUGGUGCAAAAGCAGCCUCAAUGCCAGACACCACCCACUCCAGUGCUGUACCUGUCAGGAAAUAAGACACUGAACUUGAAGGGUAUUUACGCAGUACAACUUUCAAAAGACAUAAGUUGUACCAAAAGCUUUAAAAACCCAACAAGAAGGGUAGUUCAUACUCUGAAGACUCUGAGAUACUCUAAGUUGGGUUAGGUGGGGAAGGAGCACUAGGGUAGGAAACAGGCUGUCAGGGAAAAAGCUGAAACAAUACCUUUGCAGAAUGAAGGUUGUAGUGCGGGUCAUGUUGACUCAGCUUCAGAGCGAUCUUGGGAGUGGAGUGAUCUUAAACAGCAUAAAGGCUGAGAGAACAGAAAUAAGUGCUUCCCUUGGGAAAUGUAUUUGGUCAAAUUUCCAUACUGAACUCUCUUUUAGUUUUUCUCUAAUGUUAUUUUUGAGUUUCAGAGCCAUGACAGUGAGCUAGUGGUCUUUACAGAGAGAGGGGAAUUUAGAGAACGUAGAUUUCCAGUUGUAAGGCAAGGUGAAUCCUCUCGAACGUGAACUUGCUCAUUGAAAUUACCUGUCUUCUAUCAUUUCCCCAAAGUGAAAGCUUUUUUCACCUAGCAGCAGUUCUUCUGACACGUAAGUCUGUGACAGUUGAGGCUGAAGGCUCUCAAUGUGAGCAACUUUCACGUUGCACUAAGUGUAAGUUUUCUCAUUCAGUGCAGACUGGUCAUUCGAAUUUUUAAAACUACAGUUGUAUUGCAAACGUUUAAUUUAAUGUUAUACUUUUUUAAAGUUUCUUUUUACACGGUAGUUUGAAUUAAUGUCUUUUAUAUUAUUUUGUAAUAAAACAACUCGGAUUUCUACAGGCCUUAAAACCACAGAUAGUGGUUCUUAUUUGAACUGUAUCUUCUGUAAUAGAUUUCAAUAAAGUUGGACCAACUUAU